GAGGAGCCGUGUCGCCGCGACGCGCGGAUCAUGCGGCUGACUGUUCUGCGCUCGGAGCUGGGCUCGCGAUCACUCUUAGCCGAGCCGGGCGCCCGGCGCGGGUUGGCAGCCGCCGCGGCCUCGCUCUUGCCCGGCAGAAGCAUGGAGGAGAGCCAGGCGGGCGGCGAGCAGGGGAGCUCCCCUCCGCCCGUGAAGAGGCUCCGGCUGUGGACCGGGAAGGGGAAGGCGAAAGGGAAGCGGGCCGGGCCGGCCGAGGAAGGCGAGAAGCGCUACGUGCCGCCUCCCAAGAAGCGCAACCCCGGCGUCAGCUUCGGCCAGAGCCACUUCGCCGAGACCAGCUACUACUUCGAGGGCGGCCUCCGCAAAGUGCGGCCCUACUACUUCGACUUCCAGACCUACUGCAAGGGCCGCUGGGUGGGCGAGAGCCUCCUGCACGUCUUCGGCACCGAGUUCCGCGCCCAGCCCCUCGAGUACUACCGGGCCGCGGCUCAAGCGGGCCGCCUCCGGCUCAACGAGCAGCCCGUGCGGGACCUGGGCGUCAUCCUCAAGGUGAGGCCGGAACGGAGGGAGGAUGGGGCGCCGGGGUCCGAGUGGCGGGCGAUUCGGGGAAACGACGGCGCGACCCUCCUGCUUGGCAGUUUGCAGGCGGGGAGAUGGCAUGUUCGUAUGCUCCCAAAACAGGCGAUGGGGAAGUGGGGAACCACCCACAGGAAAGUAGUAUAGGUGGAUCAGUUACCUUGCUUUCUGUUUUGGAGUUGACUUGCACACCUAAGUGGUAAUAAUAAUUUUAUUAUUUAUAUCCUGCCCACCUGUCUGGGUUUCCCCAUCCAGGAACAGUUUGCCACCUUGCCUGUCGAGCAAGUUGCAGAAACCUACAUACAUGGUUGAUGGCCGGAGGGAGGGGAGUUAUAAAUAGUAUGGUCAGAAGGAAAUGGCAUGCAAGUAGACAGUGAAAAUUUUCCUAUUUAAAGUAAUGGAAACAUAUCUGUGAAUCGUCACUGUUAAUAAGCUAAUUACCACUCUCUGUACUUACCUGCUUAUCAUUUCCAUCUGAUCUCACUAUAUUCAAUUCUCUCCCCCCACCCCCAAACACACACACUUCAAAGUCACUAAUAUAUUUUCCUGCAAGUCUGGACCAUCAUUUCCUGCAUCUGACAAAGUGGACUGUAGCCUACGUGCAAAAGCUUAUACCAUAAUAAAUGUGUUAGUCUGUAAGGUGCCCUAAGAUUCUUCAUUGUUUUUGCUAAUAUUCUUACUAUUUCAUGGGAGCAUGUCAUUAUGUACAUUAACGGCAGAAAGCAUUUUUGUUUUAGUUUGUAAAGAUGUAAAUUAGAAUUCACUUUGCCCCCUUUUGUUGUUGGAACAAGACAUCAUAGAAAUUGACAUAAUAUGAAGGCCUUUACCUGACAUAGGAUAACAUAUUUUGGAUACAACAAAUUUUUUUCAAUGUUUUAGUUAGGAUUCAAUCCUAACCAUCUCUACUAAGAAGUAAAUCAUAUUGCAUUCAUAGUCGCCUAUUCCCAGGAAGUGAGGCUAGAAUUGCAGUCUUAGCUAAGUGCUAGAGUUUUAUGACUGUCAUAUUAAUUAUUAUAUAUAAAUUACACUGCUAUAUAUAAUGUUACCCACCUUGCGCAUCCUUGGUGGAUAUAUAACCAAUAGAUAAUAAUAUUCCCUUUUAUUAUUUUUCCUGUUUGUUUGUUUUUUAGUAAAAGGUAAAGGUACCCCUUCCCCUACGGGCCAGUCGUGUCCGACUCUAGGGUUGUGUGCUCAUCUCACUUAAGAGGCCGGGAGCCAGCGCUGUCCCGAGACACUUCCGGGUCAUGUGGCCAGCGUGACGAAGCUGCUCUGGCGAGCCUUUUUUUUUUUUUUAGUAAAUGGAGCUAAUAACCAUAAUUCUUCACAAACAGGCUAUUCUAGGAAGUUUCCUGCUCCUGCUAACGUACAGUAAUUGUUUUGCUUUCAGAAUAAUGACUUCAUCCGGAACACCGUACACCGCCAUGAACCUCCAGUCACAGCACAGGCUAUUGAGUUCCUGGAAGAAAAUGAUGAGGUUGUGGUUGUAGACAAACCUUCAUCCUUGCCUGUCCAUCCAUGUGGCAGAUUUCGGCACAACACUGUCAUUUUUAUUUUGGGUAAAGAGCACAACCUGAAGGAGUUGCACACUAUUCAUCGGUUGGAUCGCCUGACAUCAGGCGUCCUCAUGUUCGCAAAGUCUGCAGAAGUGUCCAAGAGGAUCGAUGAGCAAGUGCGACAGCGACAGGUGAAGCCCCGAAGGUUUUUGUUCACAUUUAUAACCCACGCUUCCUCCUAAUAACUUAGGGAGACAUACAAAGGUUAUACUCUCCUGUUAUACUCUCCUGUUGUCCUCACAGCCACCCUGUAAAGUAGGCUAGAGUGACACCCAUAGAGUUCAUGCAGCGUUCGAAAUUCACCAGUCGCAUUUUGCACCUGGCUAUCGGCCACUUGCAACCAAAUGAAGAUGCCCGGGUGCCAGGAUGGCACCUGAUGUCUCUCCUCCAUCUGGAGGUGCAUGCCUGGGGAUCCUUGGAUUUUAACUGUUUUCACACAUCCUGUAGAAUUCUAUCUGUUAUAUUUUAUCAGCACAAUCAGAAUGAAUUUCAGGAACCCAAAAGUUAUAUUGCCUUUCAAGCCAUCUGGCCUCAAAAUGACAACUAGGCAUUCUACUUGGCAACUGUAGCCCUGGUUUAAGGAGUCAUUUGGCACCUAGCUUAUAUAUUUGAGUUUCUAACACUGGCUUCAUGGUAGAAGCAGGGAUUCAGACAGGCCCAACACUCCAACCACUAUGACACAUUAUUGUUGUCUAUAGAAAAAUUCGCAGUGAAAUGAAGGGAUUUGGUGGACAUUACCCUUGCAUAAAGCACUCAGGUAGGCAUAGGUACUGGUUCAGACCCUUGCCAGAUACCAUGCAGUGAUCUUUGUGGGGCUUCUGCAUUCUAGAACCUAAACAGAUUCUUAUUUUUGUUUCCUUCACCCCACUUCCCCAUACCCCCCCAAUAGCUGGAGAAGGAGUAUGUGUGCCGUGUACUUGGAGAAUUCCCAGAAAAUGAGGUGACGUGUGAAGAACCCAUCCUGGUUGUCUCUUACAAAGUUGGGGUGUGUCGAGUGGACCCCAAGGGUAAAGUCUGUAAAACGGUCUUCCGGAGGCUCAGCUACAAUGGCAAGACUAGUGUGGUGAAGUGUUUUCCUUACACUGGCCGCACCCAUCAGAUCCGUGUCCAUCUCCAGUUUUUGGGACACCCUAUUGUUAAUGACCCGAUCUACAACACCGAUGCCUGGGGCCCCAAAAAGGGCAAAGGUGGCCAUAUUAAUAAGACGGAUGAUGAGCUGCUUCGGGCUUUGGUGGAGGAGCAUCUUUCGAAACAGAGCCUGGGUAUCCUGGACGUUGCUGAGGAAGAUUUGAAACCCAUCGUAGGAGACAGAGUGCAAGAGGCUGUGUUGGACACCGCUGUAAAUGUCAGUUCUGGCACUCGUGAGGAAUUUGCAGGUGGAGAAAAGAGCAGGAUAUCGGCAUGUUCUCAGAAUUCUGUUCCUCAGGCAGAGCUACACAAGACGGAAAGUGGAGAAACUUGCUCAAAUGAAUCCUGGGGCGAAAAGGACCCUCUCUGUGGAGAAUGCAAGAUAGUGAGGCCAGACCCAUCACCCAAAGAUCUAGUGAUGUAUCUCCAUGCUUUGCGCUACAAGGGAGCAGAAUUUGAAUAUUGCUCUAAAAUGCCAGCCUGGGCACAGGAUGACUGGGAAGAGACCUGAGACUUUUAAAUUACUCUGUAAAGACUGUGUGUUAGUGUGUGUGAGAAAGAAAUGGAAACAUUUUACAUGUUUAGAUGCACACUGAAUUGGUCAGUUCAUAUGUAAUGAUCCUGGCUUAGUAGAUGAUUUAUUAUGCUGGGAACAAGGGUCAGACCUGCAUGCUCCCUGAUCCCUUGUGGUUUCUUUAAACCACAGUUUCUCAUUACACCUGAAGUAGGAAACACUGGGUUUACUACCCAGGACCUGAAAUCAUGGUUAGUAAACCAACCUUGAACACGUUUUCUGCUUCAGCUAUAACGGGCAACUGUAAGAAACCAUGCUCAAAGUGCCAAACAGUAUUGGAAGAGGAGAGAACAGUGCCACUUAAAAAAGAAAAGAAAAAGCUGUGUCCAUGUUGAUCCAUCCUGUCCUAAGUAUACAGGUUUUUUUUUGGGGGGGGGAAUGUGUGAAGAUGCUUUUAAAUAGCCUUCCUUUUUAAGAUCUCUUCUCUGUGGCCAGUCACUUCAUUGCUAACCUGGUUCAUUUCCAUGAAUGAGCACUCCAAAGAUGGGCCAAUGGGUUUGUAUGUGGGUACACUUCAGUGCUUGAAGCAACUGCCUUUAUAUCAAGAGGUGGGUAAUGACUAGACACUGGGCCAAAUCUGACACUGGGCCAAAUCUGGCCCAUAGUGUAUUCAGUCCAUGGCUGCCUCUGCCACAUUUCCAUGUUCUCCUUGCCCAGCACAGAAGUCAUGCAGGUUGUCUAAGGAGGAAUAGCUCAGAGUGUCUAUCUCUCUGUGUGUAGUCAGUUGGGCUGUGUAGUGCUUAGGUCUGUAUCAGCAACUAGCACUUCAGCUUUCUUGCAGACACAGCUGGACCUUAUAAUUGCUGAAACCUUAUCAAGCAUCAUUAGGUCUGUGAAAAGCAGCAGCUUGGUUUUGGGUUUCUAAAUGGAUGCUGGUGAGGGGUAUGUGUGAAUGGGGUGAAUUGAGCAACAGUAGCCCCUGGCAUACACCUCUGUAAAUCUUGCCCCUGAUGGAAUGCAUCCUUCUGCAGAAAAAAAGGUUCAGCUCUGUUUUAUAAGAAGGAAUGUGAUGACAGAGCCUUUCAGAUGGUUGCAACUAAUAAUCAGAUGUACACCUAUGUAGGGUUGAAGCAGGGUGUUUAUAUGAGAGAACAGUUUAUUAUAUUCCUGUCUACGAAACUUUUGAGCCUUCUUACCCUUGGGCUUGAGAGGCAAUGGAAAUGUCUUCAUUGCGUGGGAGAUGGGAAUGCUUCGCCUUGUCUAGGACCAAGUUUUCCCCUCCCUCUCUGAGAAUAGAGGGCUUUUACUCACAUUUUCCUAAACACUGUCUGGUUCUUGCUCAUGAACUGCAGUCAUGAUUAUCUACCUAAGACAGUAGUAAUAUAUUUUAAUAUCUAGUGGCCCUAUUUUAAGAUUUUGGAGCAACCAAUAUGACAAAAAUAAAGGAAAGUCCUAUCUAGGUGGCUUCCUUCCUAUACAAAGCUUAAUUGUAGAGAUUACAAGAAAAUAGUUUUACUAUUGAACUGCAUGUUCACAGCUUCCAGUGCACUCACAACUCUGCCCACCCAUCCCCUUCCCUUUGGUGAUCCUGUCAUCAGUUUUUCUAGCUUAUUGCUGGGUUGAGCAGGAGUUUUGCACCUGCUAUGGUACACCUCUAAGGUCCAGGUGUCAGCCCUGUUACCAUCCUGCGGGGUCUGGAAUGUGAAACACUAUAAAUAGUAAAGAUGUUAUAAUUUGGAGUUCACUGGGAGUGCAGUGACUGCAAGUAAACACAAUUCUUUGUAAAUUUUGCUUAUCCAUAUAUAUUUUUUAAAAAAAAGUUUAAAAUUGCUAUUACUGCAGAGCAACUCAUUUAAAUAUUGACGAGCCCAACCCUGUACUUAAGGCAGCCACUAUAUAUUGUAAUAAGCCACAUUUUAUUUGCCCAUGGUAGGCUUUAAAAUUGAUUCAUUCAAGCAUGCAGUGGACUUGCACCAUUGAGGUAAGUACAGAUUGUAAGAUCUGGCUGUCACGGUUUGGCAGGUUUUUCCACGAUGCAUGUUUCUAUACUCCAUGCUCAGUUUUACUGUGGCUGGCUGCCAUUCAGCUAAUCUGUUCCUUAAUGGUUCUGUGUUAACCAUUCCAAUAAAUUAACUGUACAAGGAGGCUCGUUAAACAGUUACAAAGAUAGUUAACCUGAGGAGCAGAAUUGCCUUGAGGGAGCCCUUCACCACCUACUUCAUUGCUUGAAAAAAUCUCUGUAAUGAAUAGAGCUCAUUCUGGCCUCUUCAAAGCAUUCAUCUGUGGUUAUAAAAUCAAGAGGAAGCGAACCAUUUCUAAUAAAAUACACACAUUAAACUUCUCUUUGUAAUUUUUGGGACAA